UACUCUCUCGGCCCUGGCAUGGUUGGAGAUAGAGCCAUGAGAGUGCAGGCCAGAGCAGGACUGGGGGAUGAGGGAUGAGGGACAAUCAUGCUUCAGCGCCUUACGGAGCAGCUGGGCCAAGUGAUCGCGCCCUGACCCUUCUGGUCCGCCUGUGAUGCUGCUGUAUUAAUGCAGCACCCUCUUUCUGUAAAUUAUUGCUAUUCCCCUUUCAGUUGGCGGACAAAUACGGUUAAUGAUUAACUUCAAUCCCUCGUGUAGGUUUUUAACAAGCAGCCAUAAACACGACUCGUGAACAUGAAAGUAAUGAAACAACCUGUGUUUAAUUAUCAGGCUGAUCAAAAGAAAAACUAAAAUCAGUUCAAUAAGAAAACUAGUUGGUUAAAACAAGAUAACUGGUCUAUUCUCAAGGCAAAGUAAAGAUCAGUACUUUUGACAGUCAUUAAAUAUUUAGACUGAUUGAGGUAAAACUUAUGUGGUGAGAACAAACAAAAAGAAGAGUGUGGAGGUGAGAGAGAGAGAGAGAGAGAGAGAGAGAGAGACCCUGACUUGAGUGUAGGCGUGAACUGCUUCAUCAGUAACAUCUGCACCAAGACAGACUCUGUCACUGCUUUGAUGAGAUCCUGAUGGUGAGUGAUGACAUUUUUUUCCUCAUUUGUGAUUAUUUUGCUCGGUCUACAAAGAUUAUCUGAAAUCUUGUGAUGAAGAAAAAUAUUUUUUUUCUGUGUCAUACUUGAGAAUUUCUUUGGCUUUGGCAAGACAAAUUAAAGGCUAAUUCAAAAAUGUAAUGUGAUUAGAUAAAGAGUUACAAAACUGCUAUAUGCUAACUGCAAUUCUUCAAGAUCACAUUAAGAUCAGUUGAUUGAGACUGAUUGAUACUCAUCUGAUGCUUGAUAAUCAAAUUAUUAUCAGGAGUUUUCAAGAUCACCAAAGCAGAUGACAGAAGCAGCUCAAAUAUUUCAUGAGAAACAAAAUAUUCACUUGAUCAUUUACAGCAUCAUGGAAACUUUAUCAUAAAAAGUCAUGUAAAUGUCUCAACAAAUAACGUUACUGAGAAUGUAAAAACAUUUUAUGGAGGAACGACUGAUAGUGAGGAUUAAUGGGUCGGUAUUCACGAUAAUGUCAUAAUUGCAUUGUUGAAAUUUAUGUUCAAACUCAUGUAUCAUGAUUCAAUUACUGUCCAUUACCUGAGUUGUUCAACAGCCCAAAUUCACAGUGAGUUGGUCACAAAAAGGAUAAUUACAUAAUAUGACUCAGGAAGAAGUCCCAAAAUAGCAAUAACAUACCAAACACAAGAAAAGACAUUAGCAAAAAGUGUUUAUGAUCUGAUCCUGCUAAAUGCUGAACAUGCCUAACCAGACAUCUGCUUGUGCACUACAAACUGAGGUCUUAAAAAAAUUGAUUAACACCUCAGACUCAAUCAGAGAUGAACUUUACGAGCUUCACUACAUGUGUAUUUACUGCAGUUAACUUGUAUAAUAUUCUGGGGUGUUUCUUCCUCCCUUCCGUGCAAGUAAUGAAACAAAAUGUUUGCUUGUUUUAUGAGAGCAGGAAGUUGCAUUUCAAAUUAAACUGACAGCAUUUGCCUGAUGUUCGUCUUCCAUGUCUUCCAUGUUUACGUUCCAUAAAACAGCAGACCAUUUUAUUUAUUUUUUACAAGCCGCAGGUUUAACUGCUCUGGCAGAUGUAAAUGGACACUUCCUCACAUCUUCUGUUCACUUCACUUUAACCAACCUCAUCCCCUCCAGAUAUGAGAGCAACACAGUGAUUAAAAGUGUCGAAGCAGCGGCUCAUUCGGAGACAUGGAGCUGUGGAAUACGACCGAUGUGCCCGCCAAGCUGUUUACGCCUCUGUCGAACUGCACUGUGGACACCAGCUACCGCUUUACCUUCUACCAAGUGUCCUACAGUCUCAUCUUCCUGCUGGGGUUGCUCACCAACAGCCUGGCUCUGCGCAAACUGUGUCAAUCUCCCUGCCGAGUGAACAGCACAGCCAUUUACAUGAUCAGCCUUUCAGCUGCUGACAUGUUUUUUAUAAUCUCUCUUCCCCUGAGAAUCUACUACUACCAUCAGAAGGCUGUGUCCUCCAAGACCGGGGACAUGUCCAGUUGGACUUCUGGAGUUGUAUUCUGCCAACUCACUUUCAUCCUAAAAUACAUCAGCCUGUAUGGGGGCAUCUUCUUCCUGGUGUGUAUUGCUGUGGACCGUUACUUUGCUGUAGUGCAUCCCCUGGCAUCAUCACUUCGCAGGCUGCAUGUUGCACAGCUGGUAAGUGGGGGAAUAUGGUCCCUGGUGCUGGGGCUCAGUCUGAGUUUGCCUCUGCUGCGCUCUGCAGCCUCUCACCAACACAGGCCCUGUCUGCUGGACCCGUCCUUGCAACACCACCGCACCAUCAUCCUGGUAGCUCUAUGUGUAGUGCUUGCAUCAUUUCUGCCCCCAACUGUGCUACUUCUCUACAGCUACUGCAAGGUGCUGAGCGUUCUUCGCCAACCAAGACGCUGGUCCCGCAGCCAGCGCUGCAACCGUCAGCACACUCUCAGAGUUAUUUACUGGGUGCUGGCCAUCUACCUGCUGUGCUUCCUGCCCUAUCACAUCAACCUCCUGGGAUACACCCUCACACAUCUGGGGCUGCUGCCCCACUGUGGCCUAGCCAAGGUGACGAUGACUCUGCACCCUGUGGUGCUAAUGCUUGCAAGCUCCAACUGCUGCUUCAACCCGCUCAUCUACUAUUUUUCCAGCAGGCUGGUGCACAAAGAGCCGCCUGGUGGCAACGGCAGCAAGUGACACAGAUCAUCUAAGACAACCUCAGACUGUUUCUUUGGUUAGAGCAGCUUUACUUAAUGUUCAGUGCACUAAAUUGAAUCACCAGGACUGUAACCCGUACUGUGUCUACGUCUUAAGAGGACAAGCUGAACUGUAUGUAUUAAAAAUAAACAUUGCUCCUGUUGGAGAGAGCAGCAAGAGUAAGCUUGACUUUUAACAUAGCCAAUUGUAAAUAUCCAACCCUCUUUUCUGGCCUCCCCCUAAAGUCACUCCACAAUAGCAUCGUUGUCAUCACUAACCAAAUCCAACUACUUUGUGUCUGUUGUGUACACAUGUAAGAAAACUAAUUAUAGGAGAUAUUUAUUGUAGCCUUUAAUGUUUAAUUUGUAUCUAUGCAUGAAUAUCAUGACGAACAGGUUUUGUGUGUUUACUUUAGCGCACCGCUGAGGCGGAUCAAUGGACCAGUCAGGGGUUCAAGUUUGGAGGAACAGCUUUGUUGUUGUUUUUUUUGUGUAUUUUGGCACCACAACAAUCUUUCUUUUAAAAGACUGAUGUGCAGUGACAUUUUUCAUAUGUAGUGCAUGUUCAAUUUACGUGGAGUCUGCCUCAUCUUACAUAAAUGCUGUUCAAAUGUUAAAUGUUGAUCUCGUCUUAGUUAUUGUUGAACUUUAGUUAAAAAAACAUUGAAAAAAUAUUUUUUUCCCAUUGACCAACAAGUCGAUAUAUUUAAAGUGUCUCCAUGAGGUUAUGUUAACAUAUAAUUGUUGUUGAUACCAAAC